AUGAGGGGCCGGCGGGGCAGGCCGCCCAAGCAGCCCGCGGCUCCCGCUGCGGAGCGCUGCGCCCCGGCCCCGCCGCCGCCGCCGCCGCCGCCGCCCACGUCCGGACCCAUCGGGGGGCUCCGCUCGCGGCACCGCGGCAGCAGCCGGGGCAGGUGGGCCGCCGCCCAGGCUGAGGUGGCGCCCAAGACGCGGCUGAGCUCGCCCCGGGGGGGCAGCAGCAGCCGGAGGAAGCCGCCGCCGCCGCCGCCGCCGGCCCCCCCCAGCACCAGCGCCCCGGGCCGGGGGGGGCGAGGAGGCGGGGGCGGCAGGGCGGGGGGCGGGGGCGGCGGCGGCCACCUGGCCCGGACCACCCCGGCCCGGAGGGCGGCCAACAAAGUGGUGUACGAUGACCACGAGAGCGAGGAGGAGGAGGAGGAGGAGGAGGACAUGGUCUCGGAGGAGGAGGAGGAGGAGGAGGAGGACGGCGACGCCGAGGAGACCCAGGACUCCGAGGACGACGAGGAGGAUGAGAUGGAGGAGGACGACGAUGACUCCGAUUAUCCGGAGGAGAUGGAAGACGACGACGACGACGCCAGUUACUGCACGGAGAGCAGCUUCAGGAGCCACAGCACCUACAGCAGCACUCCAGGUAGGCGGAAACCAAGAGCACACCGGCCCCGUUCUCCAAUAUUGGAAGAAAAAGAUAUCCCGCCCCUUGAAUUUCCCAAGUCCUCUGAGGAUUUAAUGGUGCCUAAUGAGCAUAUAAUGAAUGUUAUUGCCAUUUACGAGGUACUGCGGAACUUUGGCACUGUGUUAAGAUUGUCUCCUUUUCGCUUUGAGGACUUCUGUGCAGCUCUGGUGAGCCAAGAGCAGUGCACGCUCAUGGCUGAGAUGCAUGUUGUGCUUCUGAAAGCAGUUCUGCGUGAAGAAGACACUUCCAAUACCACCUUUGGACCUGCUGAUCUGAAAGACAGUGUGAAUUCCACGCUGUACUUCAUAGACGGGAUGACGUGGCCUGAGGUGCUGCGGGUGUACUGUGAGAGCGAUAAGGAGUACCAUCACGUGCUUCCCUACCAGGAGGCGGAGGACUACCCCUACGGACCAGUCGAGAACAAGAUCAAAGUCCUGCAGUUCUUAGUUGACCAGUUUCUUACGACAAAUAUCGCUCGGGAGGAACUGAUGUCUGAGGGAGUGAUCCAGUAUGAUGACCAUUGUAGGGUUUGCCACAAACUUGGGGAUUUGCUCUGCUGUGAGACGUGCUCUGCAGUGUACCACUUGGAAUGCGUGAAGCCACCUCUUGAGGAGGUGCCGGAGGACGAGUGGCAGUGUGAAGUCUGUGUAGCGCACAAGGUGCCUGGUGUGACUGACUGUGUUGCUGAAAUCCAAAAAAACAAACCAUACAUUCGACAUGAGCCCAUCGGAUAUGACCGCAGUCGGAGGAAAUACUGGUUCUUAAACCGAAGACUCAUAAUAGAAGAAGACACAGAAAAUGAAAAUGAAAAGAAAAUUUGGUACUACAGUACAAAGGUUCAGCUUGCAGAAUUAAUCGACUGUCUAGACAAAGAUUAUUGGGAAGCAGAACUUUGCAAAAUUCUAGAAGAAAUGCGUGAGGAAAUCCAUCGGCACAUGGACAUAACUGAAGAUCUGACCAAUAAGGCUCGGGGCAGUAACAAAUCCUUUCUGGCAGCAGCUAAUGAAGAAAUUUUGGAAUCCAUAAGAGCCAAAAAGGGAGAAGCUGAUGAUGUUAAAAGCCCAGAAGAAAUCGAAAAAGACAAGAAUGAGACUGAGAAUAGUAAUUGUAAAGAUGCUGAGAGAAGCAGAGAAGAGGCUGACGACCAGUCCCUUGACAGAGACAGUGACAGCAAGAUGCCGGACGCUCCUGAGCAAGGAAAACCUGAGGAGCCAACAGAAGUUGGGGAUAAAGGUAACUCUGUGUCAGCAAAUCUUGGCGACAACACAACAAAUGCUUCUUCAGAAGAGACUAGUCCCUGUGAAGGGAGGAGCCCCCUGGGCUGUCUCCCAGAAACUCAUGAUAGCAGCAACAUGGCAGAGAAGAAGGUGGCCUCUGAGCUCCCCCAGGAUGUGCCAGAAGAACCUAACAAGACAUGUGACAGCAGUAACACUAGCACUACCACUACCUCCAUCCAGCCUAAUCUGGAAAACAGUAACAGCAGCAGUGAACUAAAUUCUUCCCAGAGUGAAUCUGCUCAGGCAGCUGAUGAUCCUGAAAAUGGAGAAAGAGAAUCCCAUACACCUGUCUCUAUUCAAGAAGAGAUAGGUGACUUCAAAUUGGAGAAGUCUAACGGGGAGCUCAGUGAGUCUCCUGGAGCUGGAAGAGGAGCAUCUGGCUCAACUCGCAUCAUCACCAGAUUGCGGAACCCAGAUAGCAAGCUUAGUCAGCUGAAGAGCCAGCAGGUGGCAGCCGCAGCUCAUGAGGCAAAUAAAUUAUUUAAGGAGGGCAAAGAGGUACUUGUAGUUAACUCUCAAGGAGAAAUUUCUCGGUUGAGCACCAAAAAAGAAGUGGUCAUGAAAGGAAAUAUCAACAAUUAUUUUAAACUGGGUCAAGAAGGGAAGUAUCGCGUCUACCACAAUCAGUACUCCACCAAUUCGUUUGCUUUGAAUAAACACCAGCACAGAGAAGAUCAUGACAAGAGAAGGCAUCUUGCACAUAAGUUCUGUCUGACUCCAGCAGGAGAGUUCAAGUGGAAUGGCUCUGUCCAUGGGUCCAAAGUCCUCACCAUAUCUACCCUGAGACUGACUAUCACCCAGUUAGAAAACAACAUCCCUUCUUCCUUUCUUCACCCCAACUGGGCUUCACACAGGGCAAAUUGGAUCAAGGCAGUUCAGAUGUGUAGCAAACCCAGAGAGUUCGCACUGGCAUUAGCCAUUUUGGAGUGUGCAGUUAAGCCUGUUGUCAUGCUACCAAUAUGGCGGGAGUCUUUAGGGCACACCAGAUUGCACAGGAUGACAUCAAUUGAAAGAGAAGAAAAGGAGAAAGUCAAAAAAAAGGAGAAAAAACAAGAAGAGGAAGAAACAAUGCAGCAAGCCACAUGGGUAAAAUACACAUUUCCAGUUAAACAUCAGGUUUGGAAACAAAAAGGAGAAGAAUACAGAGUAACAGGAUAUGGCGGUUGGAGCUGGAUUAGUAAAACUCAUGUUUAUAGGUUUGUUCCUAAACUGCCAGGCAAUACCAAUGUGAAUUACAGAAAGUCAGUAGAAGGAACCAAUAGUAGUAUGGAUGAAAAUAUGGAUGAGUCAGAUAAAAGGAAAAGUCCACGGAGUCCCAAAAAAAUAAAAACAGAACCUGAUUCUGAGAAAGGUGAGGUGAAAGAUUCAGACUCUGCACAAGGAGCAGCCCAGAGUGAGAUGGACGUCUCCAAGAGUGCCGAGAAGGACCAAGAUGUAAAAGAACUUUUAGAUUCUGACCAUAAUAAAUCCUUCAAGGAAGAACCAAUGGAAAUAGAUGAUGAUGUGAAAACAGAAUCCCAUGUAAAUUGUCAGGAAAGUUCUCCAGUAGAUGUGGUCAAUGUCAGUGAGGGUUUUCAUCUAAGGACUAGUUACAAAAAGAAAGCAAAGUCAUCUAAACUAGAUGGACUUCUUGAAAGGAGAAUUAAACAAUUUACACUGGAAGAAAAACAGCGCCUUGAAAAAAUGAAGUUGGAGGGUGGAAUUAAAAGUGUGGGGAAAUCUACAAGUUCUUUGAAAAGUCUUUCUGAAUCACCAGUAACAACAACAAAAGAAGGGUGUCAGAGUGACUUGGUUAGGCAGGAGCAAAGCCCCCGUGCAAGUAAUGAGAAAUCUGAGGACUUGGCUCAUGGAUGUUCAGAAAGUGAUUCCUCCGUUCUUGAAACUGGUGAUCCUGGGCAUACCACAAACAAACUGUACCCAACAGAGCAAGCGUCAGCUGAUGUCUCCAUGCAGAGCCCAGGGACAGACUGUCAGAAACAGAAUUCUAUUGAAAAUGACAUAGAUAAGAGUCUCCCGGAAGCUGCCAGUAAGGGGCAGGAACCCAGUAAGAUCAAAACAAAAGGAAGUGGUUUUUUCAUUGAUGACGCUAAACUAGUCAGUGCAAAUUAUGUUGGUACCUUGGUUUGUAAGAACAAAAAAGCUCUCAUACAGGAGGAUAAUGACGCCGUUUCUCCUUCCAAGAGCGGUUUACUUCCCUCAGCGCCUAGAAGCACAAAAGCAGCGGACUUGGAAGGAAAGCUGGGCUGUGACUCGGAAUGUAGUAGCACUUUGGAAAAUAGUUCUGAUACCAUGUCUGUUCAGGAUAGCAGUGAGGAAGACAUGGUUGUUCAGAAUAGCAAGGAAAGUAUCUCUGAACAGUUCAGAACUCAAGAACGAGGUGUGGAAGGCUUGGAGCCAUUGCAGUGUCAGUUUGUUUCUGGUAAGUCCCCUGGAAACGGUGAUGACAGGCUGCAGGAUAAGGUCACUGAAGCUAAUGGUAAAAAAACAAGUCAGCAGAAAAAGUUAGAGGAGAGACCAGUUAAUAAAUAUAUUGAUCAACUAAAUCUCAAAAACACCACUGACAAAAAGAAUAAUGAAAACAGAGAGUCUGAAAAGAAAGGACAGAAGGCGGGCGCUCUUCAGAUAAAUGGAAAAGAUAAAGCAAAAGUGCAUUUGAAAAGUGAAUGUUUGAAAGAUCUCUCUGAUAGCAAACUAGUGAGUGGUAAUGUUGAACCAAAGGUUAAUAAUAUAAAUAAAACAAUCCCUGAAAAUGACAUUAAGUCUUUGACUGUUAAAGAAUCUGCUGUGAAGCCAUUCAUUAAUGGUGAUGUCAUCAUGGAAGAUUUUCAUGAAAAAAUUAACUCAGAAACAACAUCACGGUCGCCAGGUUCUUCCGAUGCUGAAGGUGACUACCGAGAAAGCCUGGGGACCCUGCCGCCGACCAGAGAAUGUGACAGUGCACACACUGCCACGCCUCCACCAUCUCACUCAGAAAAUACUUCAGCAAAUCAGAUGGAAGAUAUGGAAAUUGAAACCUCCGAAGUUAAGAAGGCUACUCCAUCACCCGUGACUUCUGGAGAGGAAUCUAACCUCAGUAAUGACUUUGGUGAUGAAAACAAAGAUGGAAACGUCAAUGGAGACUCUCAAAGAAAAACCGUCAUCACAGAAGUGACCACGAUGACAUCCACAGUGGCCACGGAAUCAAAAACUGUCAUCCAGGUAGCAAAAGGCGAUAAGCAAACUGUGGUCUCUUCCACAGAGAAUUGUGCCAAGUCCACUGUCACGACCACAACGACAACUGUGACAAAGCUUUCCACACCCUCCACAGGCAGCAGCGUGGACAUCAUCUCUGUAAAGGAGCAGAGCAAAACUGUGGUCACCACGACAGUGACAGACUCCCUGACCACUGCAGGAGGCACACUGGUGACGUCCAUGACUGUGAGCAAAGAGUACUCCACAAGAGACAAAGUGAAACUGAUGAAAUUUUCAAGACCCAAGAAGACGCGUUCAGGUACAGCUCUGCCAUCCUAUAGAAAGUUUGUUACCAAGAGCAGCAAGAAGAGCAUAUUUGUUUUGCCUAAUGAUGACUUAAAAAAGUUGGCCAGAAAAGGAGGAAUCCGAGAAGUCCCUUAUUUUAAUUACAAUGCAAAACCUGCCUUGGAUAUUUGGCCAUACCCUUCUCCUAGACCAACCUUUGGUAUCACUUGGAGGUAUAGACUUCAGACUGUGAAGUCCUUAGCUGGAGUGAGCCUGAUGUUACGGUUACUGUGGGCAAGCUUGAGAUGGGAUGACAUGGCAGCCAAGGCUCCUCCAGGGGGAGGGACUACCCGGACAGAAACAUCUGAAACUGAAAUCACAACAACAGAAAUAAUUAAGAGGCGAGAUGUUGGUCCUUAUGGCAUUCGGUCUGAAUAUUGUGUCAGGAAAAUCAUUUGCCCCAUUGGAGUUCCUGAAGCACCCAAAGAAACACCUACACCUCAGAGGAAAGGGCUUCGGUCUAGUGCAUUGCGGCCAAAGAGACCAGAGACACCUAAGCAAACAGGCCCUGUCAUUAUUGAAACCUGGGUGGCAGAGGAAGAGUUGGAAUUAUGGGAGAUCAGGGCCUUUGCUGAGAGAGUGGAGAAAGAAAAGGCACAAGCAGUUGAGCAGCAGGCUAAGAAACGUUUGGAGCAGCAGAAACCUACCGUCAUUGCCGCUGCCAGCACUUCCCCAGCAAACAGUACGACCAGUACCAUCUCUCCAGCCCAGAAAGUCAUGGUGGCUCCCAUCAGUGGCUCAGUCACCACUGGAACUAAAAUGGUCCUGACUACUAAGGUUGGAUCUCCAGCUACUGUAACGUUCCAGCAGAACAAGAACUUCCAUCAGACCUUUGCUACCUGGGUUAAGCAAGGCCAGUCCAAUUCAGGCGUUGUUCAAGUGCAGCAGAAGGUCCUGGGGAUCAUCCCGUCGAGCACGGGGGCGAGUCAACAGACCUUUACUUCAUUCCAGCCCCGGGCAGCCACCGUCACCAUCAGGCCCAACACCUCCGGCUCGGCGGGAGCCACGGGCACGUCCCAAGUAAUCACAGGACCUCAGAUCCGCCCCGGAAUGACGGUGAUCAGGACCCCACUGCAGCAGUCAACACUAGGGAAAGCGAUUAUCCGGACACCUGUGAUGGUCCAGCCAGGUGCUCCGCAGCAGGUGGUGACGCAGAUCAUCAGGGGCCAGCCCGUUUCCACCGCAGUCUCUGCCCCCAGCACGGUCUCCUCGACGCCUGGGCCGAAGACCUUAACCUCAGGAGCGUCCACUGCCAGUGUACAGUCUACAGCCUCCCCGGCCCCUCGCCCCCAGCAAGGACAGGUGAAGCUUACCAUGGCUCAGCUCACCCAGUUAACACAGGGCCAUGGUGGCAAUCAAGGUUUGACAGUAGUAAUUCAAGGACAAGGUCAAACUACGGGACAGCUGCAGCUGAUACCUCAAGGGGUGACUGUCCUCCCCGGCCCAGGACAGCAGCUCAUGCAAGCUGCCAUGCCAAAUGGGACCGUCCAGCGAUUCCUGUUUACCCCUCUGGCAACGACAGCCACGACGGCCACUACCACCACCACCACCACUGUUUCCACCACAGCAGCAGGUACAGGUGAACAAAAACAGAGUAAAUUAUCACCCCAGACCCAGGUGCAGCAAGCCCAAACCCUGCCACCAUCUCAGUCACCGAGUGUGAGUCCUGCAGGAGCCCAGCCACAGACUGCUCCGCCUCCAGCUCCGCCCCUGCCCCCGCCCCCACCCCCGCCCCUGCCCCCAGCUCAGCCUGAGGUUCAGGCUCAGCCUGAAGUUCAGACCCAAACAACUGUUGCGUCCCAGGUCCCUUCUGAAGCACAGCCCACCCAAGCGCAGUCAUCCCAACCCCAAGGGACAGCACAGUGUCCGCCUCCGAGUACUGUCCAAGGACAGUCUCCUGUUCGUGUCCAGAGUCCACCACAGACUCGAGUACGUCCAUCAACUCCAUCCCAGGUGUCUCCUGGACAGCAGCCCCAGGUUCAGACUCCAACCUCACAACCGAUUCCAAUUCAGCCACAUACAUCUCUUCAGAUACCUUCCCAAGGCCAGCCACAGGCACAGCCCCAGGUACAGUCUUCAACUCCAACUCUUUCAUCAGCACAAGCGUUAAAUCAAGUUACUGUCGCAUCCCCAUCCCGCCCUCAGCUGCAGGUACAGCAGCCACAGCCCCAAGUCCUUGCUGUGCCGCCUCUGCAGCAGCAGGUGCAGGUGGUGGCUCAGAUACAGGCUCAGCAAGGUGGUGUGCCCCAGCACAUCAAACUCCAGUUACCUAUUCCAGUUCAGCCGAGCACCGCUGUGCAGACUCACCACAUUCAGAAUGUGGUGACAGUGCAGGCAGCCAGUGUGCAAGAGCAGUUGCAAAGGGUUCAGCAACUCAGGGAUCAGCAGCAAAAGAAGAAACAGCAACAGAUAGAAAUUAAGCGGGAACACACCCUCCAAGCUUCUAACCAAAGUGAAAUCAUUCAGAAACAGGUGGUGAUGAAACAUAAUGCUGUCAUAGAACAUUUAAAACAGAAAAAGACCAUGACUCCAGCUGAAAGAGAAGAGAAUCAAAGAAUGAUUGUGUGUAACCAGGUGAUGAAGUACAUUUUGGAUAAGAUAGAUAAAGAAGAAAAACAGGCAGCAAAAAAGCGGAAGCGUGAGGAGAGUGUGGAACAGAAACGUAGCAAACAGAAUGCCACCAAGCUCUCGGCUCUGCUCUUCAAACACAAAGAGCAGCUCAAAGCCGAGAUUCUGAAAAAGAGAGCGCUCCUGGACAAAGAUCUCCAGAUCGAAGUGCAGGAAGAGCUGAAGAGAGACCUGAAAAUUAAGAAGGAGAAGGAGAUGAUGCAGGCAGUGCAGGCCACAGCAGUAGCUGCACCCCCAGCCCCAGUGGCAGCAGCUCCACCAGCCCCUCCACCUUCGCCUCCCCCUGCACCCACCCUGCAGCACCCAGGCCUCCUGUCCACGCCUACCUUACCUGCAGCUUCCCAGAAGAGGAAGCGGGAAGAGGAAAAAGACUCAGGCUCAAAGUCCAAGAAGAAGAAAAUGAUCUCUACUACCUCAAAGGAAACUAAGAAGGACACAAAGCUUUACUGUAUCUGUAAAACGCCUUACGAUGAGUCUAAGUUCUAUAUUGGCUGUGAUCUUUGUACUAACUGGUAUCAUGGAGAAUGUGUUGGCAUCACAGAAAAGGAGGCUAAGAAAAUGGAUGUGUACAUCUGUAAUGAUUGUAAACGGGCACAAGAGGGCAGCAGUGAGGAAUUGUACUGUAUCUGCAGAACACCUUAUGAUGAGUCACAAUUUUAUAUUGGCUGUGAUCGGUGUCAGAACUGGUACCAUGGGCGCUGCGUGGGCAUCUUGCAGAGUGAGGCAGAGCUCAUUGAUGAGUAUGUCUGUCCACAGUGCCAGUCGACAGAGGAUGCCAUGACAGUGCUCACGCCACUCACCGAGAAGGACUAUGAGGGCUUGAAAAGGGUGCUGCGCUCCUUACAGGCUCAUAAGAUGGCCUGGCCUUUCCUGGAACCAGUGGACCCUAAUGAUGCACCUGAUUAUUACGGUGUCAUUAAGGAACCUAUGGACCUUGCCACCAUGGAAGAAAGAAUACAAAGACGGUAUUAUGAAAAGCUGACAGAAUUUGUGGCGGAUAUGACCAAAAUUUUUGAUAACUGCCGUUACUACAAUCCCAGUGACUCCCCUUUUUACCAGUGUGCAGAGGUUCUUGAGUCAUUCUUUGUACAGAAACUGAAAGGAUUCAAGGCCAGCAGGUCUCAUAACAACAAACUGCAGUCUACAGCUUCUUAAAGUUCAGCGUGUUAAUCUAACACAAAACACAGCAAGAGUCUGGUUGUCUGAACUAUUUUAAUUAAGGAGCCAGAUGUUUUUAGUCAGGUUAUCCUGACAAGACGUGACCUAUGCUUCGUUUAUAUUGGUCCUAACAGUCCAGUUAUAUUCUUGGCCAAUUUUGUCCAACGGACAAGGGAAAAAGCAAAGUCAACGACACCAUUAUCUUGUCAAGAUCAAAUGGUUUUACUAUUGUGGCAGAAGCGGGAAAACUUUGUUUAUUUGAAAAAAAAAAAAAAAAAAGAAAGCAAGAAAAAAAGAUACUAUGGGGUCAAGUGUAACUCCAUGGAAGUGCCACGUCUGCUCUUCAGUGAAGAAGCUGGCUUAGAGUCUCACAGGAAACUUUGGACUGUAUUUAUUUAUUGUUGCAAAAAAGACGCUUUUUUAUUGCUGCCCUCAUUUGUCAGCUAAUUAUUUUUUCUUAAAAGAUCCAGCCCCGGUUACAUGUAAUCCAUCCUGUAUCGUAUCAUGAUUCCUGUAGGUAAAAGUACAAGACGACCUCUAGAUGUCUUUUCUUUCUAUGAAAGGAGCUGCUAUGUACACAUGUGCACACACACACAACUGGGAAUCAACAAUGAGUUUAUUGUUCAUGGUAGAUAAAAAUUAAGCUUGCAUAAAGGUUGGGCUAAGCGGUCCUGGACUACAGACUCUGUUGCCUUGAAUAUACCAGUACCAUUUGUCAUUUACUCUGCACCAGGCUAAAAUGAGUAAAAUCUAUUUGAAGGUAUCUUGUUUGUAAACAUUUGUCAGAUUCUAAUUUUUUCUUUUUGUAUUAAAAUUCAACUAUGGAUGUAUAUGAAACAAAAUAAAUGGAGAUCCUUUUUCUCCCACAGCUGGA